CGUGGGAGCUGGGGACGUUGGUUAGUGGGCGACGUGAGAUUGAAGUUGUGUGCGUCGCCCUCGCCAAAUUCGCGUGUGCGCCUGCCGCCAAGCACUAGGUAGAAUGCGGCAAGGCGCUGCACGGGCCAGAACAGCAACACCACCGGAGGAAGGAGCGACGAGCAUCGCCAGCGCGAACGCUAACAUGACUGCUUCUUGAAAACAUUCAAUGUUGCUCUGCGUGCACCAAUGUGAUCGAUAGUCUAGCCGUCUUGUUGCUGAGGAAGCACCUUGACAACGCGACGCGAUACAAUCACGAUACCUCAUCCACCAUGGCUACCAGCAGCAACAAGGCCACCAAGAUGCAAGUCAACCGCCUCCCGGCACCCGCCCUCUUCGUCGGCCCUCCCUCCCACAAUGCCUCCAACACCUCUCUCCUCUCGCCCACCACCGAGCCCCGCAGUCCGACCAAAGCACCCCUCGUCCGCCAGCGCUCGCUGCUCGCCCCAGACGCAAAGCGGCCUCUCCCCCCAACCACUGACGCCUACGAUGGCGACCACCUGAGCCUGAUCACCUCCGACUCGGCCGGCACCGCGCCCUUUGUGCGACGCCAGCGCCAGCAGAGCCGAGCCGCGGAUGCCGAAGCCGCGUCGCGCGCCGAGGCCAUCUGGGCCGAGAUGCAGAACACGCUCGAGGAGGUCGAGCUGAGCGCCAUCAGAAGACCGGGCAUGACGGUGUUUGGCUCGGAGCACUCGCGUGCGCUGGACGAGCUGAGGAGCGCGCAGAUUGAGCUUGCCAAGGCGUGGGCGAGGAGCGACGACGACGGCGAGAGUGCCGAGCAGCAGAAGAACGCGUCUGAUGCGGGGAGCUCAGCGCCGCCGGCGAAGAUGACGAGUCCGAGGGGUGGGUCGAGUCCGGGAAAGGGGGACAAGUUGUUUGACAGGGCACGGCUGGAGGAGGAGACGGAGAAGGACAUCGAGCUGAGCAGGAAGAGGCGGGAGGAGAACGACAGGUACUUUGAAAAGGUCAACAGGGGCGUACAGGAGGUCGUUGCUCGACUGGAACAGGUUGCAAAGGCAAUGCGGAGCGUGGAGAACGAGAGUAAUGAGAUCUGGGGACGCAGCGAGCAUGACUCCGCAGAGACCGCAAGUGUGCACUCCACGGUGAGUCUCACAUGAUAGCACUCAUCAAUGGAAACCAGCGAGCAUGGCACCGCAGAGGCCGCAAGUGUGCACUCCACCAAACCUAACAUGAUCAGCACUCAUCAAUGAAAUAAACCAACAUCGAGAACAUCUUCAGCAGAUAUCUGCAAGGAACAACAUCUUUGGGUAUCUCCUCUUGUCCAACUGCAAGAC